AUGGGCUAUCAUCCUAAAAUAGGUAAGAUAGCAAAAAUAGUCCUAAUAAAUAAGGGUGGCAGGACCAACGUCGAUCGCUUUAAGCAGUUCAGGCCUAUUUGCAUAUGCUCUACUCUCGGCAAGGCCCUAGAGUGCCUAGAAGUGCAACUGUUACAGAAAUAUGAAGCUGAGAUUCCAAGCGGUAGCAGACUGAAGAUAGAUUUGGAAAAUGCUCACGGCUAUAAGAAAGGAGGAAGCACAGCGACAGCAGUAGAGUCGCUGAGAGCACUGACCGAAGAAGGGAAAAAGAAGAAUAUGUUUAUGGCUGGUGUAUCCAUUGAUAUGUCUAAUGCAUUCAAUCUAAUCAAGCACAGUUGCGUGGGACAAGCGAUCGGGGAAUUCUCCCCCUCUCCUGUGGUCAACCUACUUUGUGACUAUCUAUAUGGUCGUGAGAUAUAUUACGAGAAUGGACAAGAAGGCAAGGAAGGAGAGAUUCAUUUCACGAACUAUGCUUAUGGGACUCCACAAGGGGGA